AUGGGGCAAUUCAGUAGCAUGGCAACUGAAGAUCCUCACAUCCAUCUCAGACAAUUUAUAGAGGUGAGCGAUGCUUUUAAGCUACCGGGGGUAACCAAAGAUACAUUGAGGUUGAAGCUAUUCCCUUAUUCCUUGAGGGAUAAGGCGCGAGUGUGGCUGAACUCUUUGCUUCCGGAUUCAGUGGCAUCUUGGGAUGAAUUGGCAGAAAAGUUUCUCAUGAAAUACUUCCCUCCAACCAAGAAUGCCAAGUUAAGGAAUGACAUAACCUUGUUCCAACAAGCAGAUGGGGAGUCAUUGUAUGAAGCGUGGGAUAGAUUUAAGGAACUACUACGGAAGUGCCCUCAUCAUGGGAUCCCCCACUGGAUUCAAAUGGAGACAUUCUAUAAUGGUCUCAAUGGGCAAACACGAACUAUAGUGGAUGCUGCAGCAGGUGGAGCCAUUUUGGCCAAAUCUUAUAAUGAUGCAUAUGAGAUUUUAGAGAGGAUGGCAAACAACAACUAUCAAUGGCCAACCGAGAGGCAUAAUGCAAGGAAGGCCACUGGAAUUCACGAGGUUGACGCCAUCACUGCACUCUCAGCACAAAUGUCUGGUAAAGGCGUUGAACAAUCCGGCAGGGAUAGCCACCAAUAUGAAGAUUGCCCAUCCAACCCCGCCUAUGCAUGUUAUGUUGCUAAUUUCAACACGGGUAAUCAUCACUAUUCAAAUCCUCAUAACCAAGGGAUGAGGCAACAUCCAAACUUAUCAUGGAGCAAUCUGGGAGCAAGUACCAGUCAACCCAAUGCCUACCACAAAAACACCUACCCACCCAGAUAUCCACCGCAACAACAAAGAACUCAAGCCGUGGAACAAUCUAGCUCUUUGGAGAGCUUGUUAAAAGAGUUUAUUUCAAGGAGUGAAGCCAAAAUCCAGAGCCAUGAUGCAGCACUGCGGAAUUUAGAAAAUCAAGUUGGACAUAUCUCAAACUCUCUGAACAACAGGCCCCAAGGUUCUCUCUCAAGCAAUACCAAAGAUCCACGAAGAGAUGGGAAAGAACACUGCAAAGCUAUUACACUAAGGUGUGGAAAGGAGUUGGAAUCAAAAGCAAAACCUAUGGCUGCUCGCACAGAGCCCACUUCAAUCCAAGGGGGAGAGAAGAAAACAUUGCCGCAAGAAGAACAGCCCAGGAAUGUUUUGAAGCAGCUACACAUCAACAUACCAUUAGUUGAGGCCCUAGAAAAGAUGCCAAACUAUGCCAAGUUCAUGAAAGACUUGGUCACUAAAAAACGCCGGUUUGGAGAAUUCGAAACAGUGGCUUUGACAGAGGAAUGCAGCGCCAUAUUGCAAAAUAAGCUCCCUCCCAAGCUGAAGGAUCCGGGAAGUUUCACUAUCCCAUGUUCAAUUGGAAACCAAUAUUUUGGUAAGGCUUUAUGUGAUUUGGGAGCUAGUAUAAAUUUGAUGCCGAUGUCCAUUUUCAAGAAGUUGGGAAUCGGGGAAGCAUGGCCUACCACAGUGUCUUUGCAGCUCGCAGACAGAUCUAUUGCACUUCCCGAAUGA